AUGGUCCGCAGACGGGUGGUGCUGCUUUUGGCUUUGUUGAUCAUCGCCAUCCCGCUCUAUUUGAUCCUCAAUCACGCCGAUCAUCCGAGUUUCUUCAGAACGGAUGGUGAUGCGGACGAUCCAUCGUAUGGUCUGAUUUUGGACGCCGGCUCAACGGGAACACGAAUGUUUUUGUAUCAAUGGACUUCAUACUCGGACACCCAAUUGAUUGACAUUCGACCGGCACUCGAUCACAAGAAUGAACCGGUCGUGAAAAAGGCACACCCUGGUCUCUCAACGUUUGCCGAUCAUCCCCAAGAUGCUGCUGAAUACAUCAAGCCAUUGUUGGACUACGCGAUCGAGUUUGUGCCCGAGGCGAAACGGCCCUACACACCAGUGUUCAUCUUUGCGACGGCCGGGAUGAGAUUGGUGCCUGAAGAACAACAACGGGCGAUCUUGGCCGAUUUGCACGCGAAACUUCCUCAAAUGACCGUCAUGCAGAUAAUGAAAGAACAUAUCCGUGUUAUUGAAGGCAAAUGGGAGGGUAUCUACAGUUGGAUUGCCGCAAAUUACAUUCUUGGUCGCUUCAAAUCUACGAGCUCCGAAAAUCCCAGCUUUCCGGUCCCGUUGAUUACUACAAGAAAGGACACUGUUGGAAUGAUGGACAUGGGUGGAGCUUCUGUACAAAUCGCUUUCGAGUUGCCCCAAACAUCGCCUUUCUUGUCUGAACAUGUGGAAAAUGUGAACUUGGGAUGUCGAGAUGAGAGCCCACUUUUUAAGUACAAACUCUUCGUGACGACUUUCCUUGGAUUUGGUGUGAAUGAGGGGAUGAAAAGGUACGAGCAAUACCUGUACAAGACGAACGGUGAGACGAAUGGAUCAUAUGUUCGCGAUGAGUGUUUGCCGGUCAAUCUUCAACAACUUGCGACAAAUGAUGAUGGAUCACAAUUCAUGAAAAAGGGUGUCGGUGAUUGGGAUUCGUGCGUGAAUCGCCUUUCAGCAUUGAUUGAUCCGGGCUCGUCGCAAACUUGUCUACCACAAUGUUUCUUUGGCAAUGUGGCCGCGCCAGAGUUGAAUUUAUCAGAAAUGCAAUUCUUCGGCUUCUCGGAAUUUUGGUACUCGGUGGACAACGUGUUGCAACUCGGCGGUCAAUACAAUUACUCGCAGGUCACCGAGAAGAGUCGGCAAUUCUGUAAUCAACGAUGGAGCGUUAUUCAGUCACAAUGGCGCAGCAAAUUGUAUCCAAAGGCUGAUGAGGAUCGGAUAAGAACUCAAUGUUUCAAGAGUGCGUGGAUCACGGCCGCUCUCCACUCUGGCUUCGACAUCAAUGAGCAAAAGAAUAAAUUCCAAUCGGUGAUGAUGCUUGAUGGUCAAGAAGUGCAAUGGGCUCUCGGUGCUAUGAUCUACCAUUUGAGAAAAGAAAAUCAAAAGAAAAUCAAGAAAAUAAUUUGUUCAAAGGGCCUGGACGAGGCGUGCUAUUUGAACGAUUCGGGGCACACUGUCGGCUCAUUCGACGGCACUUUCUCCUUGCAGGGAUCCUCUGAAUUAAUGGAUUCGAGAAAACCCUCGAGAUUAUUGGGAUGCAGUCUUUGCGGUCUUUGCGGUGUGUGCCAUCAUCCACGAGUCAAUAUCAAGACACACAUUCGUCAGUGCCACGAUAAUGCGGGAGUCGAAGUGGACGAGGCCUGGGUACCAAAAGAUUCAUUUGAUCUGGGGCUUUCCGAAUCGAUG